GAGGGAAACAGCCACACAUUUUUCCUAACGUUUCGGAUCAUCAUACCUGGAAAGAUGAACCUGUUGCUAUCAGUUUUUACUGUGGUUGUGGUGGUGGCUUCUGCGGGUGUUGUUCCUCACGGAGACCUUCCGAUGCAGAACCCCGACCUGUUCGAGGGAGACAUCUUGGGUAUCAAGAACGCUGAGGAAAGAAAUGCCAUUGUCAACAGAAACCAACUGUGGCCAGGUGGAGUAGUACCUUACGUGAUCGAUUAUUCUCUAAGUAUACAAAGGGGUAAAAUCAUAGCUGCCAUGAACCAGUACCACGCUAGAACAUGCAUCAAAUUCAAGGAGAGAACAACUGAAACAAACUACGUUAGAAUGUUCGAAGGCCAAGGAUGUUACUCAUACGUUGGAAACAUCUUCAGAGGAGGACAGGACUUAUCACUAGGUAAUGGGUGUAUCUAUCCUGGAACUAUCGUCCAUGAGUUAGGACAUGCUAUAGGCUUCUUCCAUGAACAGAACAGAUCAGACCGGGAUGACUACCUAAUUAUAUACUGGGAUAACAUUCAGAGAGGUAUGUUACUGUUCUACUCUAAUUAUAUACUGGAAUAACAUUAAGACUGGUAU